AUGCAAAUCCGACUCACUCCUACACAAGUGAAAAUAUGGUUCCAAAAUCACCGAUAUAAGACGAAAAAGACGAUUCAAGAAAAAGGAUUGAACCCCGGCUUGCUCAACUCGUCACCGUCCUUCACACCGGCGAGCACUGCUUUUGCUACUCGAAGCUUUCGAAUGCCAAUUCAAAUGUUGGUGAGAGAUGGCAAACCGUGCCCGCCGGAGAUCUCCUCCGGCUCAUACCAAGCUGCAGCGGCUGCUGUUGCAUUUGGUGGCAGUGGAGCGAGUUAUCUUCCUUGCUCAACUGGCUAUCUGCCAACCACUGGAGGCUACCUUUCUCAAGCGCCUCCAACCUCUUCGUACAUGGGCAACAGCUGGGGAUGGCACUAG